GUGAACAGCUCAUGUAUGAAUCAAAGGUCGAGGAGUCAGAAGAAUACUCAAAAAAAAAAUGCGUGCGUUCAUCAUUUUAUCUUUGGCUGCAGUCGUGUGCGCCGAUGUCGGUUACAAUUAUAAAGCUGGUGGUGGAAGUCCUGCUUUAGGAGGACACAUCGGUGGCGGUUCUAGGGGUUUGGGUACACAGGAUGGUUCCAGCUUGGGUGGACACGGCAGUUCGAUCGGAUUAAGUGGACUUGGCGGUUUUGGUGGCUCCAGCGGUUUGGCCAGUAUUGGCGUGAGCAAUUCAGGUCUCGGUGGUGGUUCCAGUGCUCCAGUUUCGGUCAGUUCAACUGCUCCAGUCACAUACGAAAAAGAAUUUUACACCUUCAGCGCUCCCGAAAAUGAAUUCAAUAAUGAUAACGCUGAGCAACAAAUUGCCAGUGUUAAGAAAAAUUUGCGCGUAGUUUUCAUUAAAGCGCCUGAAAAUAAGGGCCUUGAGAAUGCCGCGGUACAAUUAGCCAAACAGGCAGCUGAGGAUAAGACUGCCAUUUAUGUGCUUACCAAACAGCCUAACAUCGGCAAUUUGGCUCAACAACUACAAAACAUCAAGUCGCAACAGCGCAAUAAGCCUGAAGUACACUUUGUCAAAUACCGUACACCUGAAGAUGCCGCUAACGCCCAGAAGACCAUUCAAUCGCAAUACGACCAAUUAUCGGGCAAGUCACAGGCUCAUAACGGUGGUGUGGCGCCAGUAUUGAACUUCGCUUCUCGUGCUUCAAUUGCUCAAGGUACCGCACCUAAAGCGCCAGCAAAUGCCUACCUGCCUUCAUCGGUUCUGCGCUUAUUACGUGUGUAA